AUGACACCUCGAUUGAAGGCGGUCGUUCCUGGGCACGGUAGCGUGCUCGACAUUGGCGGCGGCCAAAUGUCGUCCACCAUCCUCAACGACCUGCGCCGCGUCUUUGUCACGGCCGAGCGCCCCAACGCCCGCGGCGGGCUGCCCACCAUGCCCGACGAGCUGCUGUAUGACGACAAGGGCCUGGCCAUCUGGGCCGACAUCAUCUUCACGCCCCAGUUCUACCAGACGCGCGACGAGAUUGCCCUGUUUGAGAGGCACAGCGGGGAGAUGGCGAGGCACUACAUCCCCGACGACGGCACCAUGAUCGAUCUGGGCGCGGGCGACAUGCGCAAGGUCAACUACCUGCUCGAGGAACUGGCCCACCAGGGCCGCAAGGCGACCUACCUCGCCCUCGACAUCUCGAAACACUCCCUCACCUCCAACCUCGAGGACCUCGCCCCCGGCCACGCCGGCGGCAGCGUCCACAUGGCCGGCCUCUGGGGCGACUUCACCGCCGGCCUCGCCUAUGCCGAAACCCUUGAGGGGACCCCGCGCGUCUUCCUCUCCCUCGGCUCCGUCCUCUUCAACGACCCAUGGAAGAAGGCCGUCGCCUCCCUGCGCGACUGGGCCGCCCUCAUGCGCCCGGCCGACCUCAUCCUCGCCGGCAUGGACGGCCACGACGUCACCUCGGCCAAGGUCUGGGACGCCUACCACAGCCACCCGGCCCUGUUUGAGAGCUUCUUCCACAACGGCCUCCGGCACGCCAACGCCCUGCUGGGGGAGGACGUCUUCCGGCCCGGCGACUGGGACAUUUGCGCCGAGAUCGAAAGCGACGAGAAGCGCCACCGCUUCUACCUCCGGGCCAAGCGGGACGUCGUGUCGGCGACGCAGGGCAAGACGCUGAGGCGGGGCCUCGAGAUUGACUGGUUCGACGCCCACAAGCGGUCCGAUAAGGACGUCGGCAAGAUGUGCACCGAGGCGGGCCUCGAGGUCGUCAAGUCGUGGGCCAUUGACGGCUCCGAGAUGCGCCAGUACCUCCUCCGCAUCAGCUCCGACGCCGCCGCCGAAACCUCGUCUGACGAGAAGGAUAGUGCCAUCUCGGUCAGCGGGGAGUAG